ACAAUGCGACCAGUGAGAAAAGCAGAGAAAAAAAAGCGGAGGGGGGAAUGAAAAGGAGAGAAAAACAACGACGAAAGAAAGGGGCCAGAAAACGAGAGGGAGCGAAAACAAAUUAACUCGUGGAUGGAGUGGUGAAAAAGUUGCACUGUGGGUAUGUGGCAGGGCAGGAUUCCAUUUAGGGAAAAAAGUAGAUAGUGCCCUCUAGUGGCUGAAAUAUAAAAAGAAAAUACCACGUCAUUUCCAUCCAUCCAUUUUCUUAGUCGCUUAUGCUCACGAGGGUCGCGGGAGCGCUGGAGCCAAUCCCAGCUGUCAUCGGCCAGGAGGCGGGGUUGCACCCUGAACUGGUCGCCUGCCAAUCGCGGCGCACAUGGAAACCUAAAACAUCCAAAUGUUACUCUUGAUAUGACAGACGGGCAAAUAUUGAAAUGCACAAGUUACACGAGCAUUUGUUUUUAGUACGGUCUUGAUACGACGUUAAAAAAAAAUGUCGUUUUUCCCAACAGUACGGUUAGAAAAUGGUAGGAUUUUAUUUUGAUUUGACAAGGAGGAAGUUGCGAUAUAAGACGGAAGUCCCAAUACUAAAAAUAUUUAAUUAGAAUUUUGCAAGAAUAAAAUUCUACACGAAAUAGUGUUGUGUUAAUAUCAUGGUUAUGAUUCGAUUUUUUUUAAUUUAAAUAUAUUUAAUAGCAAUGUCAGCAAAAAAAAAAUACUUUGACAAGAAUAAAUUGGUGUUAUUAUAAAAGUAAAAAAUCCCAGAUUAACGUUUGAAUAUUCCAAGAAAUUUGUUGAACUCAAGAAUCAAGUCGUAAUAGAAGGAGAAAACAUAUUUUGGGGUGGGGGUUAACAUCACGACACUAAAAAGGUGUACUUUUCUAAGAAUAACGUAAAGUAUUGUGAGAAAAAAACACAUUUCACCCCAAGUUAGCAGGGAUACCCUUGUGAGAAUAAGCGCCUUGAAUAAUGAAUUACGAGGGAAAAAAAAUGUCUCCAGUUGUGAGAAAAGUGCAAAGUCAGGCAAGGCAAAAGAGGAAGGGGAUCGUUCGCUUAAACUCUGGCGCCCUCGUGUGGCCGCUCAGGGAACCGAGCGCCGUUCCACACGGGAGUCAAGUUGAUUUGAUUAAAAAAAGAAAAGACAGAAAGAAAAAAGAAAAAGUGCAGCACAGAGAGACACAGGAGGGGAGGACGAGGUUCUCGGCGUCAGAUCUCAACUCGGGAGCCCCCCCGGUCGGUGCUCAUGCGCCUGGAGUCUGCAUAACGACGAGAAGGGGGAGCCCCCCAGCGACACGAGCCCAAAAGGGGGAAGGGAAGCGAGACGCCGGGCCACGCUUGUUCAUUAAGCAGCCAUGGCCGAGGGCCAGGGGGGGCUCGAGUGCAGCGUGUUAUGAUCGACGGCGGCGGGGGCUGCGGCGGCGGCGGCGGCGGCGGCUGCGGCGGCGACUGAGUCAGCAUGCAUCGGAUCGCCCCGCGGCGGCGACAGCUCCGGACGCUGUGGGCUUCGCUGGCGCUGCUGGCUCUGUCCGUGGCCGCCUGCAGCGCCCUCUUCACGGCGUGGACCUGGCGCCAGACGCGGGACCUGUCCCAGUCCUUCCACAUUCUCCAGGAGCGCCUCGAGCAGGUCAACACGCAGAGGAAGGCCAUUGUGCAGCUCAUUCUGGAGAAGCGAGAGCUCCUCGUCGGCCAGAGAGUGAAGCGAGACGGGGGGACGCUACGCGGGAAGCACGGAAACGGCAAGAAAGCGGCGUCGCAUUUCGAAAUCACUAAAGUCUCCUCCCAGCAAGUGGGAGAAGGAGGCGUGAUCAAGGGCUGGGAGGAGCGCGUGCUGAACAUGAGCAAAGCGGUGAGCUACAACAAGGAGGAAGGCACCUUCAUCGUGGAGAAGCCGGGCGUCUACUUCCUCUUUUGUCAGGUCCUGUUCAACGAGCAGGAGUCCCAGUACGUCAAGCUGGACGUGGUGACGGGCGGCCAGAGGCCUCAGAAGCUGCAGUGCAUGGAGGGCUACGGGACCACCCCGUCGGCCGGGCCGCACCCGUCGCACUUCCUGAAGCCGUGCCAGGUGUCGGGCCUCCUGCGCCUGGACAAGGGCACCGAGCUGCACACCGUCACGGGCCCGUCCUUCCGGCUGCACACGGUGGGGAACCCGUCGGCCUCGCCUCACGUCUUCAGCAUCUUCAAAGUCAACUGAGGCGGGGGCGGGGGGCGGGGGCCGCCCUCCCCGCCGAGACUGAAGCGGACUUUUGCCGGCGACGCCGACGGGAACCGGAGGCCGGAACGUGCGUUUGGACACUUGACAGAGUACAAACUGGGAACACGUUUGACAUCGUACAGAUGUCAUAUUACUAUUUUUUUUUUUUUUUUUUUUUACUAUUUUUCUAACAACAAAUUGGACAGUUUAAUCUUUUUUUUUUUUUUUCGGGGAAGGGGGGGGGUCAUCACUUCUCUUUUUGUUGCUAUUUUUUUGCCUGUCAACUGCUCUCAAUCAACCCCCAAGUGAUUGUUUUGCUCGUCAAGUGAAACAAAAGGGAAAAGAACAUCAAGGCAAUGUUUGACGUUUUAAAAACUUCCUUUGGGCCACUAAAAAUACAAAUAUGAAAUACACUGUGUUCCAAAACAUUAAGCAGAUGUACUUCUGGUAUUUCUACUCGAGAAACUCAAUAGGGUUGAGGUCAGGGGUUCACUUUUUUCCCCCCAAAGCAUCUCAAGAUUGUUUUUAACUACCACACAAAUUAGGCGUCAACUUAAAUCUUACAUGCAUAAAAAAAGAGUUAUGAAUGAACAAAUGUUUGGAUUUGGUGUUUUUUUUUUUUUUUUGGGGGGGGGGGGGGAGAAAUAAAGGCGCAAUUUAAGGAGAAUUGUCUUAUUUUUACCCCAAAAAUGUGAUGAGAUUGUCAGAUUUAUUUGGAGAAACAACAAAAUUGUGUUCCAUCAAAAAGUCACAAUUGAUAAAAGUAUUUUUCAAGGGAUUUUUUUUUUUUUUGGGGGGGGGGUGUCACAAAUUUCUGAAAAUGUUUUUGAGACAUGUACCUAAACGCCAUGUGCAUAAUCAUUUGGAACACAGUGUGAAUGUGAACCCCCUUCACGACCUCCCCGAAAAGCAACAUUCCAAUCGUGUUUUUCCGUGGCGAGUACGUUAAUGGCGAACGAUCGACUAGCGCGCUCGCGGCCGACCUCGUUUCUCUUGCGCAACCCAAACAAGCGUGUUAUUUCCAGCCGUGGUUUUCCUUUGUUUAUAAGUAGUUUUUGUGGCCUCUGCCCAGGGCACUUGGGAUCCGUGCCGCGCGGCUCAAACCUUCCCAACAUCUUGCAAAAAAAAAAAAAAAAAAAGGAACAUGUCACCAUUUUUAUCCUCUUUUCAUUUCCUCGCCGUCCUCCUCGAGACAUUUUCAACUAACCCCGCACCCCCCGCCAGCACUCGCACUAAAGCUGCCAUCGUCCAUUUUCACUUCCUCAAUGUGAAGUUGGAACGUCUGCAUUGCCCAACGCGUGUGCAAGCGCACGCCCGCUUCCUUGCUCUUAUUCCUAUUUUGAUAAAUGUCAAAGUUGAUGCGCCGAUUACUUGGGAGGGGACGGAGGGAGGGGGGUGGUGCAAAAAAGCCUGGAUGCUUUGCGUUAAGGGGAACGCUAAAUAAAAAGUUGAAUGCAGGAAACUGGUCAUUUUUGGGAACUUGCAACAACUUUGGGUUCCGUUCCCACUCGGUGACACGGAGUUGAUAUGGGUGUCCAGCCCUGGUGUAGUCCGCCUUUGGUGACCCGAACCAGCAUAGGCCGUGUUCAAUAUGGAUGGAUGGAUGGAAUGAAAAACUAUUUCAUAAAAAAAAAAAUAAAGCUGUAGCAUCACAGGAUGUGGAAAAUUUGAA